CAGGACCUGCGCAUCGUCUCUCCAGAGGCAGACAGUGGUUUUUUGGGGUCAGAAACCAGCAGGACAUCUCUGGCACAGGUGCCCAAGCACCAGUUGAUAAAGAUGAGGUCCUACAGCAUCCAGAGACCUUCAUCUACAAUCGAUAUGCCUCCCCGCUCACCAUCCUCAAAGAAAGCCCCAGGGGUGGUGAAGCAGCUGGGACCAGACACAUCAUCUGGACAAGGGAAGCCCAAUGCUGGGAGAAACAGAUGCACCUUGGCGAAAAGAAACCCCAUCCAGAAGACCUCUCCCUGCAGGUGGACAAAUGAAAUGGAGCCGGAAGACAAUGAGAACUUUCACCCUGACUCCGAGACAGAAACCGAGACCCAGGGGGGGACCAGUCUGGAUGGGAGCCCUCCACCCCAUGGGAGAGAUUCCCCCGGUUCGUCCCCCAUUUGUUCUAACGUGGCCCAGGCUCACCACAAGAACUUUCUUCAUUCACGCUUGGAACGAGAUGAAGCCAUUGAAGCUUUGCAACAUGAAGUUUCUCGGUUGCGCCAAAGUCUAGAAGAGUCCCUCCAUCGGCAAUCUUCUCCUGCCCAUCCACUUAGAGCCCAGGACACAGCUCACCUUUAUCCACGGGUCACUCCAGCAGGAACUUCAAGGAAAAGCGUGGUGGAAUCGGAUGGAUCCUUUCUGACCACUGAACCAAAAGGAAGAACCCCAAAGCCAUCUUUGGCUCCACGUGGAUGCGAGUUGGACUUCAAUCCCUCCGAGUCAGACGACGCACUGUUAAAGUUGCAGAAUGGAAAACGCCACAAAACUCCCAGGAUGAGAUCUUCCAAACCAUGCACUGUCCAGGGACCUUACACAGGGACACAGUAUCCCAUUUCCACUCCAGAGACUCAAGAUCCCAAGAGACUCCAAACGUCCGCUCUCGGUCACCCGAAUGUCCAGUUGCAACAUGGAGAAGAUUCUGCUGGUCACUUGGCUGAAAAGGAAAUUAAAGGUUCCCCGAGGGAUGGAUCCAGACCUUCUAAGCAAAGAGCAACCGAAGGAUGGUUGUGUCCCUCAUGUAAGGACUCUUCAAACUCCAGGAACAAAGACAUAGCCGGAGCAGGUGACCGCAAGGAGAACGCUCCAGAAGAAAGCUCUAGAACGCAACCAAAGCUCAACCAACAGCAGCAACCAAAACAGGCAGGCCUGUGGUACUUGGCGCUGCCGCCCGCAGCUACCUCUAUGAAUUACAUCCCAGCUAUUCCCUUGGCACAAUACCCGGUCUCAUCCAUCAUCUAUCCUCCACCCCCCGUCGCUACCUCAAUCUCUUCGCUCGCCCUCCCGGCUUUCGAUUCCGCCCGGCCGCCAGCCACUGAGUGGAAGACCUCACGGGCGCAUCUCCGGGAGUAUCACUGCUGCUCCAGGACUGUCUUCCCUUCCGCCAGUUUGGAAGACUUGAACUGGACUUUGAACCGAGCCGUGGAAGCGGCGAAGGACAUGAAGUUCACCACCGAACAGAUGAACAAGUCUCUAAGCUGGGCCUUACGGAAAGCCAGGAGUCCCAGAACCUCCUGCCUCUUUUGAUCGGGAUGGACCGAAGAGAGAGGAGAAAGCCACCGGAACGGGGAUGACCACCGAUUAAAGGGAUUGAGUUGCUUGCUCGCUGGUUUUGUUGGUAUUUGAGUGCCAAAGAAGAACCCCGCAACUCCUCCGUUGACUGGGGAGAAUGACGUAUCCUCGGUGUACGGGGAACGUAGCCUUCUUCAACCGUGCUUCCUCUUAUUUCGCUCCCUUCUUGGGACGAUUGGGGUGACUUCUGCUAUUUUGGAAAGCCUCUCUCUAUUUUUUGGACCUGGGCUUUGUAGCUUCCUCUCAGGGAUGUUGCUAUCCAUGUUAAUAAUAAUGAUGAUGAUAUGGUAGUAAUAAUAAUAAUAAUAAAUUAAUAGGCAGCUUGGCACAAGAGGCAAGGUUGGGCUAGAAAGGUAAGAAAGAAACGAGGUGCCUGCCUUAGCCUUCAGAUAUAUUCUAGGGAAGGUUUGGUUUGAAGGGGUCCUUGGUGCUCUCUGAGCUUGGUGGUUUUCUUGCAGACGUUUCAUAACCC